AUGAAAGUGAAAGCAAAGAAGUCCAGAGAAAAGUUGGGCUUACCCACCGUCUUCCUCGUCCGCUCCCUCUUCUUCUUCGCCGGCUUAUUCAUCUCCACCCUCCUCUCCCAUCCCUCCGUCCCUCUCUUCCUCUCCGGCUCUCGACCUGUCUCCGGAACGCUGGAAUCGGAAGACGACGAAGAUCACGGUCCAAUACUGCAGGGUGACACCGGAGAGUGGAGACAGCUUUAUCCAGUCGAUUCCAUUCCAGGUUUUGAGUUGGAGACCGCGCGCUCUGUAUUUUCCGAGAUUUGCAACUGCGGAGCAGUGGCGAAGAUGAAGCUCCGGCCGUCCACAUUGGCAUUGCGAAAGGGAGAGACUGCCGAGAGCACAAAGGGGGCUCGAACAAGGCACAUUUAUUAG